CGAACGACACGGUCCAGAAUUUGUAGGCGCUUCGUAAAUGGUUUAAACGGUAAUUAAAAUCCCUGAUCAGCCCCUCCGGAACCAGAGUGUUCCGACGUGCCUCCCUCCAUCCGUUCCAUGCACCAUCAUGACCAGUGGCGGCAGGGGGUGGUAACUGCAGAACGGCAGAACCUUACACGGGAAUCACAAUGUGCCAAGUCGUGCCGUGAACGGAUCGUGUGCCAAACGCCUACGAAAUAGUUCGGGCAAGCAGGAAUAGUGUUGUUCUGUUUUUUUCUGAUGGUUUCGUGGAUGGCCCCGAUGCACACGACGAGUAAUAUGCGUUAGUGCGGUGGUGCAGACUCCGGACGACCGGGGCGGGCUCCUAGCUAGCUCGGUUCCAUCAUUCAACCAGUGAUCGACAUCUGCUGCCUCGGUAUGAAGAUGAAGAUGGUGGCUGCGAUCCGAUGGUGGUGAUAGUAGUGGCACCACGGACAAGGUUAGAGUGGAGUAGUAGACCGAUUAGUGGUUUGUGUCCAGCCACGUUGUUGCCGUUCGUUCGACUCUUAGCCUAAUUCUCCGCGUGUGCGAACCGUGAACGACGACGCGACAUAAUAUGGGUAGCUGCCUGACAUGCUUUCGGACGGCACCCAAUGCAAAUGCACCAGCCGCCUCCGGUGGUCCGGUGGCAGGCCCCGAUGGUACGGUACCGCACGAUCCUACACUAACGUACACGGACACGGAAGCAGUUGCACAUGAAACAGACGAUCUUCUUCCAAACAGUCCGCUCGGUCCUCACAUGGCUCUGACGGAGCGGCGCAGCGGCGGAAGUGUUAAGAAAUCCGGCCUAGGUAGUAUACUGAAUGGCAACAUCGGAAGUACAGUGACCAGUGGCGGUACGGGUGGCGGAGUAAUGGGACCCGCUGGAGUCCUGCCCGGCGCAGGAGGUACCGUGGAGUGCACAAAUAAUAACGGCAGCAAGGAACUGAGUGGGCCCGGCUACGGAGGUGUGGGCGGUGGUCAGUUGCUACUGUCGGAUAACGAUUUGAACAAACUGUUCGAAAGCUACAAGGACGCGCAGGACGACGCGAUACUGUCGGAGGGUAUCGAGCGGCUGUGCGGCGAUCUCGGGUUUAAGCCAGACGACUUCGCGAUACUGGUGCUGGCGUGGCGGCUGGACGCGAGCCAGAUGUGUCAGUUUACGAAGACGGAAUUUAUUCAGGGCCUACAGCGGAUGAAUGCCGCCAGCAUCGAGGACAUACGGAGCCGGCUGCAGCAGAUCGUCGAGCGGCUGCGAACCGAUGGGACCGAGGACUUCAAGUCACUGUACCGGUUCACGUUCCGGUUUGGGCUCGAGCCGGGCCACCGGAUACUGUCGCUCGACAUGGCCAUCAGUCUGUGGCGGCUAGUGUUCACCGUGCACACGCCAGACAUUCUGCAGCGCUGGCUUGACUUUCUCGAGCAACAAGAGAACAUCCGCGGUGUCCCAAAGGACACGUGGAACAUGUUUCUGAACUUUGUGGAAUCCUGUGAUAUUGAAAACUAUGACGACACCGAGGCGUGGCCCAGUCUGUUUGACGAUUUCGUCGAGUACGAACAGGAACGCACUGGGCAGCUGAAGAAGGACGCCAACGCGGCGGCAAUCGACUCCGGUGGGGACGGUGAACCGCCACCACCAACAACACCGGCUUACUAUCAUCCCACCCAGCAGCAGCAGCUACAGGGCUACCAUGGUUCUUAGUAUUGCCUAACUGUACGCCAUCGGUCAUUAUCACCAGCAUCAUCGCCGACCACCAGCGUAGCAUAGUGUGCCCUCUUGGGGGGCCAUCUCUUUUGGUCCCGGCUGCUUCGACGAUUUCGGUCCCAUUCCAAAAACAACCAGGAAAGAAACAAGCUUUCGGUCACAACAUCCCCUUAUUCCGAUGCGCACUGCAGUCAACCUGCAUCAAUAGCCAAUCGAUCGUUUCUGCUCACAAAAACACAGGCACAGGGUUUGGUUUAUAUUUAUAUCCCUUUCGUCGUCAUGCUGAUCGAUAACGAUCGGUGGCGAGUUUUGUUUCUUCGGGAAGCCUUGGGAGCCGGUCACCAAGUGCAACAAGUACAUAAUUAUAUUAUUAUUGUUAAAGUGAGGAGAGACAGCAGUGUGCGGAAGAACACAGGUCGGUUGGUCGGUUGCAAUUUGAGUCCCCGGUUUUCCGUAUCCAGCACGAUCCACGGCGCCUGCCAACGUUCGAGGUCUAAGGUCUCUUUAUUUAAAGCAUCUUCCUUUCGCUCACGGCAGAAAAUAAGGGGCACACAAAAAGACACCCGGAUGUGCCGGGUUCCAGGCUGGGACGGACGAUAGAGUAAGAGUUACGGAGCACAACAUACGGACGUGUUAUGCUAGCCGCGUCGUGCGGUCACUGCCGCUUUUCGGGAUCGCAGCGCUGAUUAGUUCGGUUUCGGUUUUCUAGCGUAAAUGAAUGUUUUUGUGCGAACUAGCUAAUAGCAAAACUUUUGUUGUUGUCCUGGCGCGUGUGGCCGAGAGAAUGCACGCGAAAUAUGAUGUAUGUGGACCAGGGAAGACGACGACGGAUCAUUGUGAUUACCGUGCAUUCGAGUUUUUGGUUUUGGCUGCAGGUUCCAUUAGGCCGCGAUCGCGUCGAGUAAAGUGAAAAGAAAGCUCACGGAAACGAUUGAAUGCAUGUCGCUGCUGCAAAGACGAUACCGGUGGAUCGAUAUCAAAACUUAGUGUAAUUAUCGCCCCAAUUAACUUUAAACGGUUUUGAAAUAAACGGAUGCAACCCGCUGGU